GGCAGAAGAGUUCCAGCGGGAUGCAUUAAAUCUUCACACCACACUUCUAAUAAUCCAUCCUGAUCUCACCACACACACACACACCCUGCUUUUGGUUCCACCACGUGCUCCUCUGCACCCAGGGAGCAAGUCUCCAGCACUCGCUGCCCACGCACGCCACCUCUCCAGGGGACGGUUUCCAACCAGCAAGCCCCUCUCUCUCUCCAGUCUCGCACAGACUGACAACAACAAGCAGAGAAGUCCACCGUCUAGUGCAGCUUCUGGAGCAAGAUGACAGAGCCCACCUUCAAAAAACAAGGAUUCAAAAAGUGCCGGAGUGCCACGUUCAGCAUUGAUGGGUUCAGCUUCACCAUCGUGGCAAAUGAAACAGGGGAGAGCAAUCCCAGGCCCCUGGCCCGCUUUGCACGCUCCAAGUCCCAGAAUGCCUUGUGGAACGCUAUCACAGCAGGCAUCGGGAUCAGAGACAAAGACAAAAGAGGGAUCUUAAUCGAUCCACGUAGUCCUGAGGAGAUCCUUGCUGAUGAACUGCCUGCUGUAGACAGCCCUGACGCCAUGGAGAAGACUGCCAUCAGAUGA